UUACAGUGCAGGACUCCGGAGAGAGGAAGAAUCAAGUUAUUUCCGGAAGUGUUUUUCUCACGCUGUCGAAAACCCUGCUGCUGUCGUACUAAGCUCUAUUUCCAUUGAUUUUAACGAUGAAGAAGCAGGACACAGAGGAGGCGCUGGCUACACAGGAAACUGAGGACUCUCCAGUGUCAGCAGCAGAGAUUGAGACACCUGUAAAAGACAGUGUGGACAGCACCAGCCCCAAAGAAUCUGAAGCACCAACCCCACAGACAGACAGCCCUCCACAGGCCGAGGAUGCUCCUGCAGAAGUGUCAAAUGCAGCCUUGUCCCAGUGUGACAUGGCGGAGGAGCUUAGUCGGCAGCUGGAGGACAUCCUCAGCACGUACUGCAGAGAGAGUGUUUCUGACGACAGCGCAGUGGCCAAUGGACAGUCACACAGCCCUGAAUUCAACGGGCUCAGCAAUGACAAGGACGACAAGCAAGGUGGUAAAGUCAACCGGGAAGGGGACAAAGAGCAGAAGAAGUCCCAGGAUAAGAAGAAAGUCAAGGGCCUGGGCAAAGAAAUCACACUUUUAAUGCAGACCUUAAACACACUGAGUACACCCGAGGAGAAGCUUGCAGGACUCUGUAAGAAGUAUGCUGAACUAUUGGAGGAGCAUCGUAACACGGAGAAACAAAUGAAGGUGCUGCAGAAGAAGCAGACUCAGCUGGUGCAGGAAAAGGACAACCUGAGGAACGAGCACAGCAAGGCUAUCUUAGCCCGCAGUAAACUGGAGAGUCUGUGCCGAGAACUGCAGAGGCACAACCGCACUCUUAAGGAGGAGGGCAUAAAGAGAACACGUUUGGAAGAGGAGAAAAGGAAAGAAGUGACAUCGCACUUCCAGGUGACUCUGUACGAUAUCCAGGCCCAGAUGGAACAGCACGAUGAACGCAACGCCAGCUUGCGACAGGAGAACAGUGAACUGGCAGAGAAGCUCAAGAAACUCUAUGAGCAGUACAAACUAAGAGAGGAGCACAUAGACAAGGUGGUGAAGCACAAGGACCUUCAACAGCAGCUGGUGGAUGCCAAACUUCACCAGGCUCAGCAGCUCCUCACAGAAUCAGAGGAAAGACACGAAAGAGAGAAAGAGUUUCUAUUGAAAGAAGCAAUGGAGUCUCAAAGAAUGUGUGAACUUAUGAAGCAACAAGAAGUGCAUCUCAAACAACAGCUGUCACUGUACACUGAGAAAUUUGAGGAGUUUCAAACAACAUUGUCCAAAAGCAAUGAGGUUUUUACCACUUUUAAACAGGAGAUGGAGAAGAUGACUAAAAAGAUCAAGAAGCUGGAGAAGGAGACCGCCAUGUAUAGGUCCAGAUGGGAGAGCAGCAAUAAGGCACUACUAGAAAUGGCUGAGGAGAAAUCAGUCAGAGAUCGUGACUUCGAGGCACUUCAGGGCAAAGUGCAGAGACUGGAGAAGUUAAGAAAGGCCCUGAAAGUUGAGCGCAACGAGCUUAACAAGAAGGUCCAAACUUUGAGUGGAGAGCCGUGCGGAGACCCAGAGGCCGAUUCCCCCUCCCCUCCACCCACAGACUGUCUGCUCGAGUCAGGCCUGGAAGACCCUGGCUCCUGCUCACACUCUUGCCACUGUGAACACCCCUCCAGCACAGACGCCCCGCUGCCAGACACAAGCACUGAACCACUUACUACACAAGAAUAAGAACAAGCGCUCUCACAUACCAUUUAAUAAGCCCACCAGCCUGCAAUGUGCACUCCUAAAUAGUGUAUAGUGAGGCAGAGGCAUGCCUAAAUACAUACUGUUCAGUACAUGUUUUCUCUCUGCUGUUAAAUAAGUUGCCUCUGAAAUGUUUUCUAAUUGUUUUGUCAGUACGCUAAGAAUAUCUUUAUGUGAUACUGAUGUUUAGGUAACUUGAAAUUCUCCAGCACAAUUUCUUUUUUAUUAUUUUAUAUACAUAUAGACAUUGCUUCCUUUAAAUAUUGUAUGGCUUAUUGUGCAUUGUUUAAUUUGCACAUUUGUUAUCUUCAAACCAAAUUAUCAAAUAUGGUUCCUGACAUUCCUGGUAUUUUUACACAAUGCUUAAUGCUAUGUGUAGACCACUCAGAAGAUUGUCUCCCACACUUAAUACUUACUAAGUUGUAAUUUCACUGCAAAAGAAUGUUACCAGAUCUCUAUGCAAAAAAUGCCUUUUGAUUUUAUUUGGCAGUACUCUAAACAGACAAGCACUUAACUUGUGAAUGUAUAUUCAUAUCUUGCAUGGAUGUUCUGUAUCAUCACAUAUCCCACCACAAAUUGAGCUUCUCUUGGAAUUUAAUGGUCAUUUGAAUGUGUGAUUAAGAUGUACCGUAGAAUGGCUUAUUUCCAUAACAAUUACUAGAACACCAAUUUUUUUGUCUUUAAUGAGCAGAUCGUGUCCAUUAUGACCACCUGGGCCAUGAAUGGAAAAAACAAAACUCUCUUUCCUCCAUACUCAGUAGGAUUGUGGAAGUUUGCUGGUCGUGAAAAGGAACCAAAGAUGUGUCCUCUUUUUGAUAUCAGUUUUACUUUUAUCUGACUAUCUGUAUAUUUUGUUGAUAAAUAAAGAAGUCAACUGUG